AUGGCCGACUCGGCCCAAUAUACCGUUGGCUGGAUCUGUGCGCUACAGACUGAGUAUGUGGCAGCCCGUGCCUUCCUCGACGAGAGACAUCCACCGCCAAGCACACAUUCUCCCAACGACAACAACCACUACACUCUCGGCAAGAUAGGAGACCACCUUGUUGUCAUCGCUGUGCUCCCUGACGGAGAAUAUGGUGUCGCUGCAGCGGCCUCCAUUGCCGAAAGUAUGCUGCACAGUUUCCCCAACAUUCGCUUUGGACUUAUGGUGGGAAUCGGCGGCGGAGCACCAACUAGCAAACAGGACAUUCGCCUCGGCGAUGUUGUCGUGAGUUCCUCCCGCGGUAACGACCACGGCGGCGUCUCUUUCUACGACCUUGGCAAGGAGCUCCAGGAUGAGGACUUUAGACCGACGGGAUUUCUGAACCAGGCUCCUCGGGUCCUCCGUACGGCUCUCGCUGGAGUCCAAACGCUCCAUGAGGAAGAGGGCCAUCAACUGCAGGAAAACAUCCGCUUGGCCCUUGAACGGAAUCCCCGAUUGAGAAAGAAAUAUGCACGGCCCAAUCCAACGAGUGACCGAUUAUACCAAAGCGAUUUUGUCCACAGAGAGAGCGAGCGAAGCUGCGAUGAGCUUUGCAGCGAUGACAGAGUUAUAAUCCGGCCGGAACGAGGGGAUGAUAUUGACGACCCAGUGAUUCACUAUGGUCUAAUCGCAUCGGGUAGCAAGUUGGUAAGAAAUGCAACCUUCCGCGACAAGCUAGCAGCAAAGCAAGGCAUCUUAUGCUUCGAAAUGGAGGCCGCGGGGCUGAGAAAUCUCUUUCCCUGCCUGGUGAUUCGUGGAAUCUGCGACUACUCGGACUCUCACAAGAAUAAACAAUGGCAGGGCUAUGCAGCCAUGACAGCUGCAGCGUAUGCAAGAGACCUUUUGAAUCAGAUUAUUCCUCAGCAGGUGCAGGCUGAACAGAGGGCCAGUGAGAUCCUGGGCGUCCUUCAACCUCAAUUAGACGAUAUGUCUGAGCUCGUUAGCAAUGUUCAGAUCACCGUGAGCGCAUCUGCUAGAGACCUUGAGAGUGUAGUCCAGAGUAUCGACCUGGACAAACUACCGGUGGCUGAGGGAGCAGAGUUUGGAUCGUACAAGGAGCAGCACGAGGCAGAAUGUCUCCCUGGGACAAGGACGGACCUCCUUCGCAGGGUUGAGGAAUGGGCUCACUCGCCAAAGGGGAAGUGUGUCUUCUGGCUGUACGGACUGGCUGGGACGGGGAAGUCCACGGUCUCUCGAUCUACAGCGAGUCUUUUCAAGAAGCAACGCCUCCUGGCAGCGAGCUUCUUCUUCAAGAGAAAUGGAGGAGACCGUGGCAAUGCAAGGCGAUUUUUCUCAACAAUCGCUAGGCAGCUGUUUGCCAGCAUCCCGGAGCUACGCCCUGCCCUUAUUCGAACAAUCAAGAAGGAGCCAGAUAUAGCUGUUCAGUCUUUCAAUGAGCAGUUUACCAAGCUGAUCUAUGAUCCACUUAGUCAACUGGAGCCACAGCAAGAGAGCUCGCUGCUGCUGAUUGUGAUCGAUGCCCUGGACGAAUGCGAUAAUGACCAGGAUAUUCAGCUUAUUCUGCAUCUAUUGCCCCGGGUCCAGGACAUCAAAUCUGUCAGCCAAAGGUGGAGUUUGGUGGAGUUCUUAUUUGUUAACGCCUCCACAUGCCGCGUUAGUAUAAAAAAGUAA